AUGCCUUGGCAAAAGACCUUCACUCUGGGCAAGCGCAGCUUAGGCUGUCACUUGGUCACGAGCGAAGUGAUGUCUGAGAUCCGCGAAGGCCUCCAAAAGACGCCAAUUGGCAUUCUCCAUCUACACAUACUCCAUACUAGCGCAUCACUCAGUCUGAAUGAAAAUACUCGAGACAUGACAAUGGCGAUGGACACAAUCGUGCCAGAAAGCUUACCGUGGCGACAUACAGACGAAGGUCCGGAUGAUAGUGCAUCACAUACCAAAGCAAGCCUCAUGGGAUCUUCCAUCACGAUCCCGAUCACCAACUCUUCCCUCGCGUUGGGGACUUGGCAGGGGAUCUAUCUGGCAGAAUGGCGCAGACUGCCACACUCUCGUCGCAUUGUGGCGACAAUCUUGCCACAGAUAGCCAUGUCACUCUUGCUCGCCCUCAAUUGCGGCAGCUCAUCUUUCAAAUUCAAAGUCUAUCGGCGCAAAGACCUCAGUGUCGUCGCCUCUGGUUCCGCGUCUGGCAUUGGCACCGAUUCGGCCAAGCUCAAGUAUGCUGUGGUAGGCAAGGAGGCAAAGUACGAACAUCCGAUAGCAGGCGAGAGUCAUGAGGACGUCUUUGUGGACGUCCUUGCGCUCGUGCAAGGAGAGAAAGAGGAGAACUUGCGCAUAACGGACGAUAAAGAGGAUAUCGCGCUCAUCUCCCACCGGAUCGUACACGGAGGCACUUCAGACAAGCCUCUCGUCGUGACGAAAGAUCACCAGGAGGGCCUCAAGUUGAUGGACGAGCUCAGCACGUUUGCACCGCUGCAUAAUCAUCACGCCGUCUUGACGGUCAAAGCCUGUCUCAAGCAUCUGCCCACGGCAAAGAAUGUCAAAGCACCUAUACCCAUCCGACGCUAUGGCAUGCAUGGCCUCUCGUACUCGUCCAUCCUGACCAAUGUUGCACGUCACCUCGACCGAUCAGAGACUAGCUUGAACAUCAUCAUAUGCCAUCUCGGUAGUGGCGCGAGCAUGUGCUGCAUAGAAAAGGGCAAAUCAGUCGAUACGACAAUGGGUCUCACGCCACUCGAAGGAUUACCAGGCGGCACACGAUCAGGCUCGCUCGAUCCUUCCCUUGUCUUUCAUCUCUUCAGCAACACAGAAGAGGCUGGUCAGAUAGAGGAGACGAAAGGCAUGAAAGUGACCAAAGCAGAGCUAUUGCUAAACAAGCAAGCUGGCUUCCAAGGUCUUUGCGGUACUUCCGAUUUUGGCGAGAUCACUUCCAAAGCCGAUCAGGGUGACAAGCAAGCAAAACUGGCGGUAUCUGUAUUUGAAGAAGCCAUCAUGCGCUACCUGGGUGCCUAUCUCGUCAGGCUAAGGUGCAAACCGGAUGCUAUCGUCUUUUCGGGCGGCAUCGGCGAAAAGUCAGUUUCGUUGCGAGCGUCGGUCGUUGAGCGCAUCAGCUUCCUGGGCGUACAGAUCGACAGUAAGUCCAAUGAAGCUGCCAGCUCGAGUGACGAGGAGGUAGUGAAGAUCUCGAGCAAAGGCGACAUUGAGAUCUUGCGUGUACUGACGGACGAGGAGAAAGUCUGUGCAAAGUAUGCUCUGUCUGCCUAG